UCAUGUGGGUAGCUGGUACUCACAAGCCAGUUGGCAGUCACAUGUGUAAGCCAAUGACAUCAUCUUCUCAGUAUGUAUUAUGUUUUAACCUUGAGAUUGGCACCUCAUUGAAGAAGGUAGGUUUGGUUUAUGAAAUGUGUACUGCAAAGUGCGAGUAUGUCUAUCUAAGGAUGUGCUCUGCAGUGUGAGAGGAAACAGAAAGUGUGUUUACCAGAAUGGAGUGGGCGAGAGCAAGAACAAAAUGUGAGGGGGAGGGUUGGCUGACCAUUAGUCUGUCCUAUUGAUCCAUACAGUGUUCAUCCAUGCUCAGGCCCUGCCUAGUCUCAGGGGACGUAACAAGAGGAACAAACCGACAAGACCUCCACUUGAGAAGCAUCUUCAACUGUUCUCCAUUUUGCGGUUUCUCCUCUUACUCAGGGAAAAAAGGUUGUUUAUAAGUAUCCAGUUCGUUAUUAGUUUUAUUAGUUAUCCUGAGGACACAAGAGGCCUCAGGUUCAAUAACCUAUGGGAAGCCAAUGGUUUUGAACCAAGCAUUUGACACAAGUGGCCACAUACUGUGGAAUGAAACAGACAUCCUGCAUUGCCCAUCUUUAACAGAGGACGCCGUGAGCAAAUAUUAAACCUUGUGGCGCUAGUUAUGCUUUACAGUCAUAUUCUCUUGAUGAGUGGAGCAGGGCUUCUUGCAACCAUCUCAUUCGGGCUUUGUGCCCCAACAGCUAACCAGUACUCUCGUGGAGUGGACUGGCUGAGUCGAUAUGGGUACCUGCCCCCUUUGGACCCCCGCACAGAGAGACUCCAAACCAGGGAGGGCAUCCAGCAAGCCCUCCGCCAGAUGCAGAGGUUUGGUGGACUAGAGGAGACAGGAAUACUGGACAAUCCCACUAUAUCUCUGAUGAGUACCCCUCGUUGUUCCCUGCCUGACAUUGUUGGAAAGGAAGACCUAAUGAGGAAGAGGAGGAAAAGGAGAAAGAGAUAUGCUCUGACUGGGCUACGAUGGGAAAAGAAGGAUAUCACCUGGAGUAUACACAGCUAUCCGUCCACCUCCCGGUCUUCCUCUCUCUAUCCUGAGCUGGUGGACAACAUCAUCACCCACGCCCUCCGUGUGUGGAGCAGCAAGACCCCCCUCAACUUUCACCAACUCCUCUCCUCCCGAGACCACCCGAAUAAAGAGGGGGAUAUUAGGGUUUCCUUCCAAAGCUCCUACCAUGAGGAUGGAUACUCCUUUGAUGGUAGAGGAGGCACCCUGGCUCACGCCUUCUUCCCAGGAAUGGGGGCCAUUUCGGGGGACACCCACUUUGACAAUGAUGAGCUGUGGAGUUAUGGGUACAGAGAUGACCUUGGCACCACAGAUCUCUUCACGGUGGCGGUGCAUGAGUUUGGUCACGCCCUGGGCCUCUCACACUCCUCUUCCAGUCCCUCCAUCAUGAGUCCAUACUACCAGGGGACGGUAGGGGGCAUCCAGGGAUAUACCCUACCUAAUGAUGAUACACUGGCCAUACAGGCCAUUUAUGGUAAAAACUCUGCAUCUCAUCCCACUUUCACCACAACCAGUCCUGAUCUUCCUCGUCUGCCCAGUCUUUCCCCUCCAAGACCAACAUCACGCCCAGACCCUGAUCUGCCAGAUCGCUGUGUGGGGAAAUUUGAUGCUGUUGCCAAUAUCAGAGGGGAAGUCUUCUUCUUCAAGGGUGCUUUCUAUUGGCGAGUUCAGCAGGGGCGUUCUCUGUUGUCCUUCACCCCGGCUCUAAUUCAUAACUUCUGGGUAGGCCUCCCUCCACAUCUGGACCAGAUCGACGCAGUCUAUGAAAGGAGCAAUGGACACAUUGUCUUUUUCAUUGGAGACCAGUACUGGGUCUUCAAAGACACAAACUCUCUGCCAGGGUACCCACGCCCACUUCAAGACUGGAACCUGCACACUCCGGAGGGUCGGGCACCGGAGAGGGUCGAGGCAGUGUUUGUGUGGGCACACAAUGGGCAAACAUACGUGUUCAGCGGAGGGCAAUACUGGAGAUUCGACGAAACAGGCCAGGAGAGGAAACAGGAAUCGGGUUACCCAAAAAGGGCCUCCCUGUGGUCUGGGGUGCCCUCUGACCCAGAUGACAUCAUCAGCCUGAGAAAUGGAGAUACAUACUUUUUCAAAGAGACUUCAUACUGGGUGCUGAAGAGUGGGGAAUUGAACCAGGGAAAUAUCACUCCAAAAUCCACAGCAGUGGAUUGGAUGAUAUGUGAGGCUCCUGUAACAACUCCCAGCCACUUACCGAAGAGACCAAACAGAGACUGUGACUGUAGCAGAACAGUGACAAUACAGGCAUCUCAUUGGCUAAUACUAUCUGUUUUUAUUUUGUUGUUUUCUUCCAUAAAUUAGUUUCCUCUUUUUAUUAUUGCAUUUUUUACGAAGUUGUAUUGUUUUUUUCAAAG